UGGCAUUCUUCAGAUUUCUCCAUUUUGUGACACUGCGAUAAAUUCCAAUAAAUACUUAUACCUUCCCGUCACGGAAAAAAGAAAUCGAUGGCCACACCGACGAAUGGCACCCUUGUAUCCGCCGUGACUGCCAUCGCGACCACGUAUCAAUCCCGCGGCCAGACGAAGGAGUCCGCCCGCCUGACCGCCGCGCUCGCCAAGCUGCGCGAGGCACCGGACGAUGACGCCAUCGCGACCGCACACACACUCGGCCUUCUGGUCGUGACCUUCCUCGAACAUGGACAAUGGAAUGCUGCCGCGGAUAUUGGGAAACUCGUCGUCGAUGCACGGGUCGCCCUGCUCGGCGCGGAGAAUCCCGCCACCCUGACCGCGAUGAGUAAUCUCGCCGCGGCUUACUGGGGGCAGGGGCAGUGGUCGGAAGCCGCGGACUUGGGCCGACGGGUCACCGACAUCCGGAGACGGGUCCUGGGCGACGAACAUCCACAGACCUUGUCGUCGAUGUCGAAUUUGGCCUCGACGUAUGCGAAGCAGGGUCAUUUCGCGGAGGCGGAGGCGAUCGAGUCACGGUUGUUGGAGGUGAAGGGACGGACACUGGGGGAGGGCGAUCCCUCCACCUUGAGUACCUUCGGGAACCUGGCGACCACGUAUACAAGUCUGGGACGGUACGAUGAUGCGGAGAGAUUAGAGCGACGGGUUGUGGAGCGGUGCGAGAGGCUCUUAGGGGAGACGCAUGCGUCCACGUUGACGUGGAAAUCGAAUUUGGCGGUUACGUGCCGGGAACAGGGGAAGUUGGAGGAGGCGGUACGGCUGGAGUCGGCGGUGCUGGACACCCGCUUGGCCGGUUUGGGGAGGGAACAUCCCCUGACCCUCACCUCCAUGGCGAAUCUGGCGACCUCGUAUCGGGAUCUGCAGCGAUGGCAGGAGGCAGAGGCGCUGGAGGUGCAAGUCACGGAGCUUAGUCGGGUUGUGCUAGGGGCGGAUCACCCGCAGACGCUGAUGGCGGCGGGUAAUCUGGCCGCCACGUAUCGCUGUCAGGAGCGGUUUGCAGAGGCGGCGCACCUGGGGGCCAGCGUCCUGGCGUCUAUGCAGAGACAUCUGGGAGAGGAUCAUCCCUUGACCUUGACAGCGAUGGCGAACUUGGCGUUGACAUAUCAACAGCAGGGCAAGUCGCCACAAGCGGAACGGUUGACGUUCCAAGUGCUGCAGUUGAUGCGCAAGUCCCUUGGUGACGCGCAUCCCCAUACGCUGACCACGAUGGCGAAUCUUGGUACCAUCUACCAGUCUCAAGGGAGAUGGGAUGACGCGGAGAAAGUGGCGGAACAGACUGUCCGCGGCAGAGAGAUGGUCCUCGGGAAGGAACAUCCCGAUACGCUGGCCUCGAUGGAGGACUUGAUGCGGGUUUACCGCGUGCUGGCCGCCGACCGGACCAUGCAACGGGCUGCCAUGCGAUAGCGCAGAGCGGGUGUUGGCGCUGUCAGCAUUUACGAAUUAUGAACAUGGUCAUCUUUGCAGUUUGUUGAAUCUGAACUCGUAG